GCUCGUGUAUCGACGAGCGAACAUUGAGCAUUGUGGAAGUGUGACUGUUUUGUAUUUUCGUGAUGUGACAUUUCUCUGGUGAAAUAGAGUAAAAAUGCAGUCGAAACAUCUAUUGAUACGAUGCCUCUGGACUUUGUCAAUACUCGUGCUAGCUGCUGCUAGAAUUCACAAACUUGAAAUACGGAAAGAUGUAAGGCGACAUAUAGCCCUUAGUACCUUCGGUUUCUACAAGGGUGGCAUUCUCGAUGUAAAUCUAAUCAAUUUCAAGGCCGAGCCUUACGACGAGAAUGCCGUGUUUGGAUUCAGUUUGGAUCGAACGCUAAGCGAUGCGAUGAAUCCAUAUUUAGAUAGUCACCGAGAGAGAUGCACACUCCAAGACAUUCCGAAUGUCAAGUCCGAUGUCGAUCAAAGGGAUGAGAGCGCAGUUAUAUAUUUCACCAUGGACUUGAAGAAUAAUUUAUUGAAAGUAAACUGUAGUCGAAACAUGCACACCGUGCACAUCUACAAAAAUUCCAGCAAAGCGCUAGUAUUUUGGGAAAAGAGGGACUCCUUUCCGAGUAGGUUCAGCAAUACCGUUCUGUUUCCACGAAGGAAACGGUACACUUCGUACGUUCAGCUGAACGAUGAUAGAACGAUCGCAGGUAUGGAGAAGUCCGGCGUCGAGGAUGAAUUGGAGUCUAGAUCGGAGAAUAGCGUUUGUUCACGUCUCAAGCUACCGAUGACCGUAGAGACCGUGAAAGGAGAAAAAUAUUACAACGCCAGUUUCGCUAUAUAUGUCGCCAGCGAGGAAGGAGAAGGCCUUUACAAUCUUUAUUUCUACAACUGUCAAAAUUACAAGUAUUAUUCUUCUGUCGCGUUAGAUUUCACGAUACAAAUAUUGGAGAUAAACAGCGGAAAUUUCCUUAGCGCCGGUGAAAUGCCUUUACCAGCUCUCUAUUUUAUGAUGGCACUUUUAUUCUUUUUAUCCGGUUGUUUCUGGGUAUUCAUUCUUAAGACGAGCGAGCAUCCUGUAUUCAAGAUUCAUCAUUUAAUGGCGGUUUUGGUGUAUCUGAAGUCGAUGUCGUUACUCUUCCAUGGAAUCAACUAUCACUUUAUUCAAACAAAAGGAGAACACGUUGCUGCUUGGGCAAUCCUAUAUUACAUCACUCAUUUGCUGAAAGGAGCCGUACUUUUCAUUACGAUCGUACUCGUCGGCACUGGCUGGACAUUCAUUAAACACAUUCUGGCUGAUAAAGAUAAAAAGCUGUUCAUGAUCGUGAUACCGUUACAAGUAUUGGCAAACGUGGCAGAGAUAAUAAUCGAAGAAAGCGAGGAAGGAGAUAUCGAGCAUAAAACGUGGCGAGACGUUUUCAUUCUCGUGGACCUGCUUUGCUGUGGUGCCAUUCUAUUUCCGGUAGUUUGGAGUAUCAGGCAUCUACAGGAAGCUGCACACACAGAUGGCAAGGCAGCUGUUAACUUACGCAAGCUCAAGCUCUUCAGGCAUUUCUACAUCAUGAUAGUUUGCUACAUUUACUUCACGAGGAUCAUAGUGUACUUACUUAAGAUUACCGUACCUUUCCAAUACGAGUGGUUGGACGAAAUGUUCCGAGAAAUGGCUACCUACGUCUUUUUCGUUCUUACCGGGUACAAGUUCCGACCAGCAUCUGCGAACCCGUAUUUCACGUUGUCGAACGAAGAGACAACCCCAGCCGACGAGGACGACGAGAUAGACGUCGUUCUUUUUUCCAGUGUUUCCGGAGGUAGCGGUCUCACCGAGGGUCUCACCAAAGUUAGCAAAGUUCCGAAAGCUUUGAGGCCCGUUAUUUCGGACGUUCCAUCCACUCAGGAAGAAAGAGACUGUUUGUUCAACAAGACAGAGCCUCCUUCUCGCGAGUACGAUUGAACGAGAAAGAGGGAGAAAUAGUUGGUUCGUGUAAUAUAACGAUUUCUACACGAACGAAUGUAAAAGACUCGUAUUUCUGUCUUGUGAUAUCCCGAAACAGUGCUAGCAGUCGGAGUAACACCGAAUGCGAACAAUGUUUAAAAACUUGUUAAAAGCGGUUUAAAAACAAAGAUGGGAAUACGUAGUUAAAAGUAGGACGAAU